UUGUCCUUUUUUUUAGGCACAGUUUCAUUCUGACUUUGAGUGUCUUCCACGAUGAAGACUGCACAUUUGUGUCUGUUGCUGCUCGUCUUAUCCGCCGUUACUGAACUUGUUGGCGCCUGGGACCCGUUUUCGAUGACAUGGGUGUUUGGCACAGCUUUUAUUAGUACAAUUUCAAAUCUUUUGUACAAAGGCUGUGAAGACAAAUUAGUUGCCUUCGAGUCCUCUGGUCUGGAAGGCAGCCUGCAGACUAAACUGUUCGGGCAACAUAUCGCGUCAAAAAUCAUCCUGAAGACGGUGAGCGGCUUCAUGAACGACAAAAACCCCAAGAAGCCGCUGGUGCUCUCCCUGUACGGUCCUAGCGGCACCGGCAAGAAGUUUGUCAGCACGCUCAUCGCCGAGAACAUCUACAAGGAGGGAAUGAACAGCGACUAUGUUCACAUCUUUUUGUCGACACGACACUUUCCCCACGUCUCUCAGGUGGACACCUACAAGACUCAGCUGCAGCAGUGGAUUAAAGGCAACGUCAGCAGCUGUGCUCAGUCAAUGUUCAUCUUUGACGAAAUGGACCAAAUGCACCGAGGACUAAUUGACAGCAUCGAGCCGUACCUGGACCACUACCACAAGUUGGACGGCAUCUCCUACCGCAAAGCCAUCUUCAUCUUUCUCAGCAACGUUGGAGGCAGCAGCCUCACACAGACUGCUUUAAAGUUCCGAAACGCGGGUAGAAAAUGGGCGGAGAUAAAGCUGAAAGACGUGGAGAAGUCGCUCCUUGAGUCUGCGUUCAACGAUGACAAAAGCGGUCUGUGGCACACAACCCUCAUCGAAAAGAACCUGGUGGACUUCUUCGUCCCCUUCCUGCCGCUGGAGUACAGUCACGUGUUGCAGUGCAUCAUGGCUGCCAUGGAGGCGCAAGGCUUCCAGCCCGACAUCUCCAUCGCCGACAAGUUGGCAAAUGACGUGGUCUACUUCCCCGAAUCUGAGCCUGUCUUCUCUAAAAAAGGCUGCAAGACCUUGGGAAAUAGGCUCCACUUCUACAUGGAAGAAAUCUAACAAACCACAGCAGAAAGGUGGCGUGAGCGAGAAGCUGUCUGAACUUUUGAUGACACUGAAUGAAAGUAGAUGUCCUCCAAAAAUGGUGCAGCUCUUUUCCUACAUCUUUUCCUACAUUUUUAAACAAAUGUCUAUAUAAAAAGUUACAAAUAGGGAUGUAACGGGUUUAAAUGUCACAGUAUGAUAUUAUCACAGUAUUAAAGCCACGGUACGAUAUUAUAGCGGCAUAUUCCACCCCCAAAAAGCUUGGUAAAAACGCCAUAGGAUGUAAAAUGACGUGUCAGGAAUGUUUAGUAAAAUUGAACACAAACAUAAUGCUCAAAUGUCCUAAUCAUAUUUAUUACUACAAAUAUGAUUUUAACUGUAAAUAAUUGUGCUGAAUAUUUACUGUUUCAAGCAAAUAUUUAAAAGAAUAACUUGCAGCUGAUGUCUCUGUCGCCUUGGAAACGCCUGAAUCAAAAGUGGUGCCCUUCGUUUUGCAGACCGCAGACUUUCUUUUUUCCGCCAAAGAGGUUAUGUUUUCACCGUGACAAUGGUUUUUCUUUUAGCAACAUAACUCAAAAAGUUAUGGAUUGAUUUUAAUGAAAACUUCAAGAAAUGUCCCAAAAAAAACCCCCAAUUCUUUCUCUCCCCUUUACGACCUCCCACACUCACGCUACGCAGGGAAUUUGGGGAGAUGUAGUUUAUGCCCAAACUGACCAAUUCGAAAGUGCCAGCAAAAAAACUACACCAACCAAGUUUUUAUUUUAUACCGUAUCAUAUCACCAUAUUAUUGUGAUGAUUUUUAUACUGAAAUACCACGAUAUUUAUAAAACCGUUACACCUCAUUCUUUAAUUACUUGUCAUUUUUAUGUCCACUGACUAAUUAAAAAUGAUGGUUGAUGCAUUUUAUCUGUCAAAUAAUGUGGUUUCCUGCUGCCAAACAUUUGUUUUAUUUACAAAAUGAAAACGUUUGCUGCUUUCCAAGAACAUUUAUUGAUUCUCCUUCAUCUGGCCACUCCAAUACAAUAUAGAACUUCGCAAUGGAAAUAUGUGUUAGUGAAAUUAGGGAAUUCUUAAUUUGUGAAUUAUUAAAAUGAUCCGUACUGUUUUUUUAAAGUGUGUGAAUGACAUCAAAUCGCUCGCGGCUAUCUGAUAAUGAACUGUAAUCGUAAUGAAAAUACAACAAUGAGCUUUUCUUCUUUUACUUACGUGUUUAACUUUAUUUGUAUAAAACAGCUUCCCUCUCUCUGUC